GUUUUCCCCGGCUCAAGCACUCUUCCUGGUCCGCUGCUAAAACUCGGAAAAAAAACUGCCGGGCUGCCACAGGGAGUCCCUUAUUGCUAACGAAGGCUCCAUCGCAUCAACGCGCAAUACGAGAAAUCAUGGCUGAGACCAGUCUGGGAAUGCGAGAAGCUGCAGAAGCUAAACUAAGUAGCACCUUAAACCAGCACUAUGAAGAGAAGGUGCGUCCCUGCAUUGACCUGAUCGAUUCCCUGCGCUCCCUGGGGGUGGAGAAAGACCUGGCUCUGCCCGCCAUCGCUGUGAUCGGAGACCAGAGCUCUGGAAAGAGCUCCGUACUGGAGGCCCUGUCUGGGGUGGCCCUGCCCAGAGGGAGUGGGAUUGUGACAAGAUGCCCUCUGGAGUUGAAGAUGAAGAGGUUGAAAGAGGAUGAUGCAUGGCAUGGAAAAAUAAGCUACAGUGACAGAGAGGUGGAGAUCUACGAUCCUGAUGAUGUAGAGAGGCUCAUCAGAGAAGCUCAGGACGAGAUGGCGGGAGUCGGGGUGGGUAUCAGUGAUGACCUCAUCAGCCUGGAGAUCUCUUCCCCUGGUGUCCCUGACCUCACACUCAUCGACCUGCCAGGCAUCGCCAGGGUCGCCGUCAAGGGCCAGCCUGAGAACAUUGGGGACCAGAUCAAGAGGCUGAUCACGAAGUUCGUCAGAAAGCAGGAGACCAUCAACCUUGUGGUGGUGCCCUGCAACGUUGACAUAGCAACUACUGAGGCCUUGAAGAUGGCACAGGAAGAGGACCCUGAAGGAGAGAGGACUCUAGGAAUCCUAACCAAGCCAGACCUGGUUGACAAGGGCACAGAAGAAACAGUGGUGGACAUCGUCCACAACGAGGUCAUCCAUUUGACCAAAGGCUACAUGAUCGUCAAGUGCCGAGGUCAGAAGGAAAUCAAGGACAAGGUGUCCUUGAGUGAGGCGGCCUACAACGAGAAGGCCUUCUUUGAAGACAACGCCCAUUUCAGUACCCUCUUGGAUGAAGGCUUUGCCACCAUUCCCAAAUUAGCAGAGAAACUGACUUUGGAGCUGGUACACCACAUUGAGAAAUCUCUGCCUCGGCUAGAGCAGCAGAUUGAGACUAAACUGGAGGACACUCGUGCAGAGUUGGACAGGUAUGGGAAGGGACCCCCUGAGGAUCCUGCUGAGAGAAUGUACUUCCUAAUAGACAAAGUGACCGCCUUCACCCAGGACAUCACCAACCUGACCAUUGGAGAGGAACUGAGGAAUGGGUACAAGAUGAACCUCUUCUCUCAACUGAGAAGCGAGUUUGGAAAGUGGAAGGCUUGUCUUGAUCGCUCUGGAGACAAAUUCAACCAGAGGAUUGAGGAUGAGGUGCAGGAAUAUGAGGUUAAGUACCGUGGAAGGGAACUUCCUGGCUUCAUCAACUACAAGACCUUUGAGGUUCUGGUGAAAGACCAGCUCAAAAUGCUGGAGGAGCCCGCUGUGAAGAAGCUGAAGGCGGUCACAGACAUUGUGAGGAAGGUGUUCUUGCAGCUGGCUCAUAACAACUUGAUGGGAUACCCAAACCUCCUCAAAAGUGCCAAGACCAAGAUAGAAGACAUCAAGAAGGAAAAAGAGUCCAGUGCAGAGUCCAUGCUGAGGACCCAGUUCAGGAUGGAGCUGAUCGUCUAUACCCAGGACAGCACCUACAGCCACAACCUGGAUGAGAUAAGGAGGGAGGAUGUGGAGGAUGAGGAGGAUGAGGGGCAUACAUUCAAGAGGAGCAUUGUUUACAGCCCAGACAGCCAUGCCACUCUUCAGGAAAUGAUGGUCCACCUUAAGUCAUACUAUCGAAUUGCCAGCCAGCGCCUGGCCGACCAAAUCCCGCUGGUCAUCCGCUACCUGAUGCUACAAGAGUCAGCUGCGCAGCUACAGAGGGAGAUGCUGCAGAUGCUGCAGGACAAGGAGAAUGUGGGGCUGCUGCUGAAGGAGGACUACGACAUCGGGAGCAAGAGAGCCGCUUUGCAGAGUCGCCUGAAGCGCCUGACUCAGGCACAGAACUACCUGAUGAAGUUCUAACCCCCUACCCCUUAUUCACAUUCUGCCAAGGAAUUGUGAAAAUUCCUAUGUCUGGUUCUUACCUUAUUCACACCAUAGAUUCUAGAUCACAGGUGUCAGAAUCCUGUCUUGGAGGGCCAAAGUGCCUGAUGGUUUUCCAUGUGGGUCGGCACUAAUGACUUAUUUAAAUUCUUUAUUUGCUACAGAAUCCAAACUCCUUAUUCUCAAGACCUUAGUUGGCUGCUGAUGGAAAGGAACCACAAAUACCUGCAGACACUGUGGCUCUCUCUAGGGCUGGAGAUUGAGAUUGUUGUGGAACAAUAUCUUGUUUGUUCAUUGUGUUUUACAACCAUGAUUAUGAAUAGAAUAGAAUAGAAUAGAAUAGAAUAGAAUAGAAUAGAAUAGAUUCCUUUAUUGUCAUUGCACAGUGUACAACAAAAUUAAGUAGCAAUCCUGACGGUGCAUUCACACAUAACAAACAGCAAUUUAAAAAAAGAACAGAGUUCAAGAUGAACUAAUUUAGAGUGCAAAAUAUAUAAAUAAAAUAUAAAAUGUAUAACAUGUAUGAAAUGUAUAUAUUUGCAGUAACCUAUAAAACAAUAAGAUAUAAAAUAAUACAAUAUGGUAAGAUUAGCAGCUGAGAUAUUGCACUUCAGAUAUUGCACAUUUGCUGAACUGCAGUGGCCCUAUGUACAAGUUGUGCAUUAUGGAACCGUAAUGGGUCAUUGAUAGAAUCAUACAAAAAGCCCUUGAAAUAUACAUACUUAACUGUCACAGCAGGACAAUUUCCUUUUAUUUUCCAGUUUUUGCUGAGUCCAUGUCAUGUCUCUUUAAUUUUUUUGGUUUAGUUUUGUUGGGGGUCCAAGCAGCGAAGCUGCUGGAACCCUAUUGUAUCUGUUAGGAUUAUUCUUAUUAGGGGUCUAAGCAGCGAAGCUGAUGGAACCUUAUUGUAUCUGUUAGGGUUAUUCUUAUUCUUAUUCUCAUUUUUCUCUGCUAAAAAAAGAACUUGAACUUGUGUUGAACUCUUCAUUAUCUAUUCUGGCGAAGGGAUGAUGAGGAAGAGGAGCCUUAUGUACACCAAUGCAUAUUUUUAAUUUUAUACAACCUACACUACAGGGGCUCAUUCCAAUCGCUUAUUUUAUUCGUGUUUGUCUCCUCGGUCCUCACCUGAUCUGAAAAUUGUUCAGGGUCCGCCAUCUUUAAGUAAAAAUCUAGGAGCAAGGUGUUAGGAGGCUCCGGAAGGAUGCUUGAGGAAGGAAACACGAGUGCGUCGUUUGUAUUUUUUCCGGAACGCAUGAAGAACAAUUGAUGUCCUUGUAUUGUAUACUGUUCUUUGGGUUUGUAAUCCUGCACUGUUUGGUAUACAGCAGAUAUUUGUCUGAGACUAUUACCUUGUUCUCUCUUUUGUCCUCUGUACAGGUUAUGAUUACUUGAAAACAAUAAAAGGUUAAACAAAAGAGAAGAGGAACCUGUUUAA